AUUAUUACAAUAAAAGGUCGAAUAAUUUCCUUCCGGUUUUUACAUAUUUCUAAACUAGACUAUUUUUCAAAGACAUAUUUCUGAGUGAAAUAGUUAAGCGCUUGAAGAAAACUAUAUUUUAAAAAAGUGACUUUGUUUGAAGUAUAAACACAAAUGAAGAAUAGUUAAAUAUUUAAGAUAAGAAAAAUCUGAAAUUCUACCAAAGUUUCGCUUGACUGAAUUUGAAUGUGACUUGGUCUAUUCAAAAGAAGUAUAACAUGAAGAUUUUUGCCAUAAUAUCAAUAUAUUUUAUAUUGUCAGAGUCGUGCUAUUUUCGAAAUGUUGAGGUAGAAGGAGAUUUCUACUUGGCAACAUUUCUUGCUUUUCACACUGAUGAGUACUGUACGGGACCGAUUUCCGAGGCUAUUGCAUAUCAAUAUGAAGCCUUAUUAUGGGCUGUUGAGAGAUUAAACAAUCAUUCCUUCUUUGGCAAAGAAAAACUUGGUUUGAAGGUUUUCGAUACUUGUUUUAGUAAGUUUCAUACAUCAAAGCAUCUAAUCGAUGAUAUAUUGGAACAUGACACUUCGAAAAUCAAUUAUAUAAGUUCGCUAUAUAAUUGUUCGGAUACUAAGGACAACGUUGUUGGAAUUCUUGGACCAACUACUAGUGCUAUAUCGGAAACUAUAUCCACUUUUUUUAAAAAGACUAACACAGAAAUGGCAACUUUUGGAAUUUCCGCAACAUCGACUAGACUUAGCAACGAGCAAGUAUUUCCAAACUUUUUUCGAGUUGUUCCCCCAGAUAUAAUUCAAACUCAGUCUCUUGUUACAUUAAUGGAAAAUUCGGGCUGGAACUUUAUUCUAACGAUGGGUACAGAUGAUUCCUAUGGAACGGAAGGUUUGAAAGAACUUCAUGCAUUAUUGAAAGAAAAAAAAAUUUGCUACAUAGAAUGUCCUCGUAUAAAAACCAGUAGAAUUCAUUGGUACGAAUGGGGACAGAAGUUUGAAAAUGAAAUAUUUGAAAAAAUUAAUUUUAAAAGUAUUGGAAUUGUAUUUUAUGGUCAACCGGAAACAUUUAAGUCUGCUGUUGAAACCUUAGGAGGAAUACUAAGAAACAAACUUGUCAACAUAACGUGGAUUGUUACUGAGAGUUAUACUGAAGAAAUAAAAGAUAUGUCCCGAAACCACGAAUUGGCAAAUUUCACUGUAGUAAACCUUGAAUUAUCCAAUACAUUAGGUCUAAAAGAGGUAAAUAGAUAUUUACAAGAGAAAUCUGGUGAUACCAUUAUGAAUCCAUGGUGGGCUGAAUGUCAACAGAAAAAAACACAAGGAAAUUGUUUACUGAAACAAUUUCAAAAGUUUCCUCCAAAAUAUACCACAGCUGCUCUAGACGCGCUUUAUUUUUAUGCCCAAGCGAUAAAAAACGGGCUAAAUCAGAGUAAAUGUGAAACAUAUAGACAAUGUUCAGAAUUGAGGAGUCAUGUUAUCAAAUUUUUGAAAGGUGCUCAGCUUGAUUAUAAUGGUCAACAAUGGAGUGAAGUUGUACCGGAGGAGUAUAAAAACAGAAAUAAAACAUUACUUGAUGAAAAUGGUGACUUGAUCUUAGAGUUUAAGAAUGAACUUUUGACCAUUAAAUCUUUUCGUUUAAACGAAAAAGAUGGAGAAGGUGCUCUUGUUGGUUAUAUUUCUAAAGAAAGGCUGAUCUUAAAGAAUGAAAAAUCAACAGAAACUACAUUUGGAAAAUCACAAUGUCCUGUUAGUACAAAAUGUACAGAGUAUUGUGAAGAUAUUACAAAGUUAAAAUAUGCUUAUGUUAAAGCUAAUAAAACUACAGAGAAGAAGAAUAAGUUCAUUAUCAUUGCAAUACUUCCGAUUAGUGAGAAUUCUGACAGAGCAGAUGAAAUUGUUAACUUGAAAUGUUCCGAUGAUUUACGUGAUUUAUCAGCUGGUUAUGAACUGUUUGAGGCAUUUAAAUAUGCAAUUGAAAAAUAUUCUACGGAUGUGGAUGGUAUAGUAUUCGAUGAUUGUUACAAUCCCCUUCGGCCAGCUAAAAUAUUUACUGAUUUACUUUCUGGGACGUUAGUUGCAACAAACAUAAAAGGAGAGCGUGUUGAAGUCAAUAACGAUGAUGUUAUAGCUAUUAUAGGGACGGAGAGUAGUGAUGUAACAAGAAAUAUUGCUCCGUUUGCUGAACAAAUGAAAGUUGUUCAAAUUUCAUUUGGAGCAACUGCAGUUGUAUUUGAUAAUAAAAAAUUGUUUCCCAACUUUUUAAGAACUGUUCCAUCUGAUUCUGCCCAAGCUGAGGCUAUGGUAAAAGUUGCUGUAAAGCUAAACUGGAAAUGUGCAUGCAUUAUUCACACUACAAACCUAUAUGGUAAUGGGGGAGCUGAUAAGCUUGAGGAAUAUGCCAAAAAAUAUGGAAUUUUCAUAUCUUUUAAACGUAACUUUACUAGUCAAAAUGCCAAAAAGAAUUCAGAUGAAGAGAAUAAAGAGUAUACACAAAUAAUUUCUAAGCUUGAAGAUGACAAUUCUCCAAAGCAGAUCUUUUAUUUCGGAGAUAAUAAACCAGUUACAAGGUUACUUAAAAGAUUACAUGACAGUAGGUUCCGGAAAACAUAUCUUUUCAUAGCAAGUGAGUCAUGGGGCGAUAGUACGACAGUAGUUAAAGAUUCUGAAGCAACUGCACAAAAUGCUAUAAUAGUAAAAAUAAAUUCUCCAACAGGAUCUGACUUGAACGAACAGUUCGACAAAUAUCUAGAUAAGAGAACUUUAAAAUAUCACAAACAUGUAAAUAAUCCAUGGUACAAUAAAUAUUAUCAGAUGGCGAAUAAGUGCCAUCUACAAGAAAGUUGGCAAAAAUCAAAUCAUGAAAAGGAAUGUGAUGGCGUAAAACGUUUGAAACUGGACAGAAGUGGUCGUCAAUUUUGCUACCAUGUUCUAACAAGUGUUAUUGCAGUGAUCAAAGCUGUAGAGUUAAUAAAACUCCGCCACUAUACAGAAAGUAGGUAUAAAGAAGAAAAACCCUUUUUAAAGGUUUUUAAACAAGUUAAACUCAAGGAAAACAGCGAUGCUACAAUAUUUAAUGAGGAUGGUAAUGGUAAAUCACUGUAUUCAUUUUACUAUUUCACCACAGACGUAAACGGCUCAAAUGUAUACAAACAAAUAAACAAUCUAGCAGAUUUCGAUAUAAUCAUCAACAAGAGUUAUAAAGUAGUUAAUCAAUGUGAAGAUCCGCCUCCCCCUUCUCGAAACCUAUUACUCUUAAUUAUCAUUGUGAUGUCUUGCGCGAUGGGAGUAAUCAUUAUAAUUGCUUGUUCUUUCGGAAUAUAUAAAAUUGUAUCGUUUAUUUCUCGCACAAGAGGCCCAAGAGAAACAAUCAGAAAUCAAACAAAUUUGGAAAUUCACAACUGGAUUAAUCAAACGAAUGGCAUGACUAGACCAAAUCCUCGAUUGCGUGGAGAUGAUGAUUCUAUAGCAUUUGAAAGUGUUGUUCAUUCUGUUCCUGGUGAUAUGAGAGUUAGUUAUAUCUGAAACUGAAUGAAAACAUUUCACUUUUUAAGCUUGUAAUACUGAAAAGUUUUGAUAUUUCUAUUUUUGCUUACUUAGCCAUUUUUUCGGUCAAAUAUGAAAGCAAGUCAAGAUAUAUACAUAUAUCAUAAUUUUUAUUGAGCUCUGUUUAAAAGCUCUUGUCCUCUAAUUUUUGUUCAAU